CGGAAGCCUCGGGGUUAGUCCCGCCCCCCUUCUCGAGGCAGGCGGGCGCUGUAGCCAUGACGGCGCGCGGGACCCCGAGCCGCUUCCUGACCAGUGUCCUGCACAACGGGCUGGGUCGCUACGUGCAGCAGCUGCAGCGUCUCAGCUUCAGCCUCAGCCGCGACGGGCCCUCGUCCCGCGGCGCCAGGGAGUUCGUGGAACGGGAGGUAACCGACUUCGCCCGACGAAACCCAGGGGUCGUAAUAUACGUGAACUCGCGGCCGUGCUGUGUGCCCAGAGUAGUGGCCGAAUACCUUAACGGGGCGGUGCGCGAGGAGAGCAUCCACUGCAAAUCGGUCGAGGAGAUCGCGACGCUGGUGCAGAAGCUGGCUGACCAGUCGGGCCUGGACGUGAUCCGCAUUCGCAAGCCCUUCCACACAGACAGCCCUAGUAUCCAGGGUCAGUGGCACCCCUUCACCAACAAAGCGACAACAUUGGGCGGGCUGCGCCCCCGAGAGGUCCAGGAUCCUGCUCCAGCCCAGGUGCAAGCGCAGUGAAGACCUGCCCCACCAACUCCAAUCCCAGGCUUUGGGCUCUUAGCCUAGUGGAGGUGGUUCCUCCUCUUUUGGUUCAGGGGAUUCCAAGCCCAGCAGACAGAUGGAGCCUACCAAAGGGGAAGUUGACACCAAAGCUUUUGCUUGAGAUGAAGAAGAGCUUGCCUGUUUCUUUCCGCUGCCUACUGCAAAAGGCAGUGAUUUUGUAUCUCCUAAUUCUUACCCAGUU